AUAAACUAAACUAAAUUCCUAAUGUACUUAUUGUGUAUUCAGAACAUAAAUGCUUUUAUCGGAAUUGAUUUCCCGGUACGUAACGAACGUUUACACUGAGGGAUUGCCAAUGAUGAUCAGACGUAACUUUGUCUCUCGUUUCACUAGUCAACAAACCGGACGAGAAUACCAGCACGCCCUGCAUAAUUAUUUAUAAAUUACUCGACAUACUAAAAUUCAAUCACUGGUUACCAUAUUUAAUUAUAAUUACAAUAAUAACAAUAUCUUUUUUUUAAGGUAAAUUACAAAUUAUAAUUUUAAAUAACAAAAAAAUAAACAAAUGAAAUGUGAUGUCGGCAGUAUUCAUAAAUGUCACGAUCUGCUAAAAAUUACAAGUGUAUGGCGCGAAAUAAUAAAUUAAAAACUAAUGAAAAAAUUUCGGAUGCUAAAUUAUCAGUAGACAGUCGAACUAAAAAAUGUAUAGACUGGUUAAUUCGUAAUGGAAACCCAAAAAAUAAUACCGACUCACAACAAACGCGUCAAAACAUCAAACCAAAAUCAUGUGGAAAAAAAAUCGCAAAACAAUAAUAAUAAAAAUAAUGGCGACAGUAGCAGCAGCAAUACUCUGGGAAUUCAAUCACUGCCGAUCGAGAUCCUCGUUGAAAUACUUUCUUAUUUAAAUUCACGUGAUCUCCAUACUCUCGAAGAAGUUUCGAAAUUUUUUGAAACGCUAGUUCGUCAACCUUCAGUAUGGAAAGCUUACGAGAUUAAGGAACAUGAUCCCGAGACGUACAUAAUAAUAGCACAAUUGAAAAGAAUGCCACUUUUAGAGAGAUUAACUAUCGAAACACGUCCCGAUUGUGACGAUAUCCUGCAACAAUUGUCCCGCAGCAAUCAAAAACUCGAGAGACUAAGAAUCGUCGACUGUACCGGUUCGACCGGAAAACUGUAUCUGCGUUCAAGUUAUUUGACUAGAAUAUUAGAACGGUGUAAUCGUUUACACACGAUUCACAUUCUCGGCAGCCGUUUGCAAGGCAGAAAAUUCUAUCGACUAUUGGGCGAUAUGAAUACACGUCUCCGCACACUAUCGACACAAGCAACAUCAUCACAAUUUCGUACCUUUGCCAAGCACGCCAGUCACCUGAACGAUCGGGAUCGAAAAGUGAUAUGUAAUAUGUGUAUAGGCGGUAGAACGUGGGCGCCGUUACGUUAUUUUAUGUUAGAACGUCCAGAUUACCAGCGUCCAUUGGCACCAAUACGACGAACAGUUUUAGUCAGUUACCUACACAAAGACUUUCUUUCAAUCGACGUUACUGAUACUGACAAACCCACCAGCACGACAUCAUACCCCGACGACAGUAGCCUUCGUAAUUCGUGUCCAUGA